AUAACGCACAACGUCUGAACGAACGUCUUCGCGACACUGACAACGGCGAGCGUCCGUCCGUAGCGCGCACGGUAGCCAUCGUCGUUUGUCGCGCGUUUUAUUUAUACACCAACGGGACGGCGGACACGCUCUACUCGCCGGGGCAUGUUGCUAUAAUUAUCUCACAGUCCGCUGGCAGGUCUGCCCGUUUAAUGAUAGAUAAUUCACCCGGUAAACGCCGACAGUGUACCGCACAGAGCCUGUCAUAAUUUUUAGUAGGUACCCCGUUGGAGAUCACCAUAACUGUGUACAGCUGUAUUAUUGACGGACCAUGGACGCCGAAUCGUUUUUGGAGUUUGCCAGCCAAGUGACCAAAUGGAAGAUGUACCCGUAUUUCGACGUGGCCCAUAGCGUGCUCUGUGCACUCCACGUUCGUGACGACCUCGGUCCAGGAGCACUGGCGUUUUCACGCAAGCAUCCCAUUUCCUGUUGGUUGUCUACAAUGCUGGUCGUAUUUGCUGGAGGCAUGCUGAGCGCUAUGCUCCUCGGUGAACCCCCGCUAGCACCACUCAAAAAUACUCAACAACUUGUAAUUGCUUCAGCCGUAUGGUAUCUAGUUUUUUACACACCAUUUGAUAUUGGAUACAGUAUUGCAAAAUUUCUUCCUGUGAAAUUAGUGUUUUCUGUUAUGAAAGAAAUAUAUCGUUGCAAGAAGGUACAUGAUGGUGUAUUGCAUGCAGCUAAACUCUAUCCCAACGCCUACAUCAUAAUGAUUUUAAUCGGAACCCUUAAAGGAAAUGGUGCUUCGUUUACAAAAAUUAUUGAAAGACUACUACGAGGAGUGUGGACACCCACAUCGAUUGAAACAUUACAACCAAGUUUUACUACUAAAGCAUGCAUUAUAGCAUCGGUGGUGUUUGUACUUGAUAUUAAAAGUGAUUUGAUAUCAGCUCCACAUGCUUUUGUUUAUGUUUUUGUCAUCGGUUUCUUCAUAUACUUUAAGGUGUUUUCUUCAAUGAUUUUGGGUAUACAUGAGCCAAUGUUACCAUUUGAAAACUUGAUAUGUGCUAUAUUCUUUGGAGGUAUAUUUGAUUAUACUACUAAAGCAUUCAAAAAUACCAAAGAUGAUAAAGCAGAUACAAAAAAGAAAGAUUAAUCAUCAAUGAAAUUUGGUUAAUGUUUUAAAUAUUCACGGUAUUCACUAUGUGAUGAAUUAUUUUAUAUCUAGUCGAUGCAUUUUUCAUGCACAAAAAUAAAUUAUAUGUUCCCCAAUUGACUAUUAAUUGUAAA